UGGCGUAGCAUCUAGUUCGUAAACACGCACAGCAGUAAUCCACUGCAAAGUCCGGUGCAAAGUCUGUGCAUCAGUGGGUGAUACACAGAAAUCUGUGCAUCACUUCGUGAUAUAAUUAAGGUGCCUAAAGUGGAUUUGCACCCAGAAGAACAACAGUCAACACGAGUCUCACCAUGGCAAGUUUAGCUGGAAAAGUAGCCCUCAUCACAGGUGCAAGUUCUGGAAUCGGCGCUGCCACUGCUAUAUUAUUUGCCAAACACGGAGUGAGGUUGUCACUGACAGGUCGAAACAUGGACAAUCUCAAUAAAACAAAGAAUGAUUGCUUGCAAGUCAACAAUAAGGACCAGCCUUUCCUUCUUACUGGAGAUCUUACAAAGGAGUCGGACGUCUGCAAUAUUAUGGAGAAAACUAUUGAGAAAUUUGGUCAGUUGGAUGUGUUAGUGAACAACGCUGGAAUGUUGCAAGUUGGUGGAAUAGAGCAAGUCAGCUUAGAGCAGAUGGAUUUGUUGUACAAAACUAAUGUCAGGUCGGUAUUACAGCUAAUGACAUUGGCUGUGCCACACCUGGUGAAGACUGAAGGCUCAGUCGUCAACGUUUCAAGUGUAAAUGGCAUGCGAGCUUUUCCAAAUCUUCUUGCCUAUAAUGUGAGCAAAGCUGCCGUGGACCAUCUAACACGCUGUGCUGCACUAGAUUUGGCACCCAAGAAGGUCAGGGUUAAUGCUGUGAAUCCUGGUGUGAUUGUCACAGAGUUGCAGCGAAGAGGAGGCCUUGAUGACAUAGCGUAUGCCAAGUUUCUCGAGCGUACGAAGGAGACGCACGCGCUCGGUCGACCGGGAGAACCGAUAGAGGUUGCGCGUGUCAUAGCCUUCCUCGCAUCUAGUGAUUCCUCCUUCAUCACUGGAGCAACUAUAACUGUAGAUGGUGGCCGCCAUGUAAUGUGCCCCCGCUAGAGGUUGUGGAAAGCAACAUUGCUUGUCCAGUGAGUUGGAGAGACUUGGGAAUAAGCCAUAUCGGAAAGUCCCCGCCGCCAUAUUGAGGUCAGAUAAGAGGGGGUAUUCUAGGUUUUUGAUCUAUA